AUGCUGUCUGGCCCCACCCCUACGGCACCAGCUUCGGAUGGUCAGACGUCUAGUCAGAGUGUCGGGUUCAACGACCUCCGAGUCAUCUUGGAGUCAAUGCAACGUCAUCAGGCCCAGUGUGCCCAGGUUGAUCCUCCCAAACUCCCCAUGUUGUCAUCCCUUUGUGCAUCCAAUCUUGGCGUCGUAUGUUACCUCUAUGACCUCCAGAAAUACUUCGCCGAAUAUGACUCUCGUUUCCCCAACGGCACCCUGUCUGCUCCCAGUGGCGGUCAAGCGAACAAGUCCAUCACCAAGAUUGACGCCUACCAUUAUUGGUCCAUGGUGACUGGCGCCACAUGCGUUUCGUGGGAGGGUUGGCGAGACGAAUUCAAGAAGAAGCAGGCUCUUUCGCCAAACUGGAAAUCAGAGACUCAAUGA